AUGGCAAUGGUGACAGAAUUUAAAGUGGAGUUCGAUUGUCGCAAUGGAUUCCUCUUCUUCCAGGGAUCAUCGCCUCGAACUGGGUAUGACGAUUCAUGUGCUCCUAAAAGACUGUUGCCAAGAUACACAAUUACUGAACGAAACCGCGGAAACGAUGGCGUUCCUCCUGCAAGACCACCACCAGAAAUUCAGAAUGACCUCGCAACCGGGAAUGUAUUGGUGGUAAAGAAACCAAAAAAAUCAACGAAUAGCGAACUGAUUCUCUACAUGAAUGACUUCAUUGGCUAUCAUCGGUUCAUGUUCAGCGCUAAUCGUUUUCCGGCCCUAAUCUCUGUCAUUGUUUCUCUAUGGAUUCUUUCCGGAGCAGAAGUGGAAACUUCUGAACAGAAACGAUUGACAAGCAUGGCUCUGAUAUUGGCCGCAUGGAUUCUUUUGGGUCAACUUUACGCACUUCACAAUCAUUGCAACUCGCAUCGUGCAGCAUUCAUUCAGACCACAUUCCGAGUGAUUCAUCUUUGUGUGGACAUACCGCUGAGCGUUGCAGUGAUUCUCUGUGCAAGUGCAUCAAUCAACUCAUCAGCGUUCUGUGAUGACAAUGAUUUGGUGCUGUUGGCAAUGAGUUUGAUUAUUUUGACUCUUUCCACUGCAGCACUUCUCUUUGGCAUAUUCGCAUGCAGAGUUUUGUACGUGAACGCAAAAUCUCUCGAAUAG